GUGUGGCUGCAGAUUCCCUUCUCUCACAGUGUGCUGGAGGCGCUUGAGUUUGAGCUGAGUAGGCGAGCCAACCAUGUGAGUUUACAUCAGCUGUUGUUUGCUGCCGACCUGUGGAGUUGCGUCAGGAGGCAGGUGCCAGGGUUUUUACAACACGUCUACAAACUGGUUCGCCCACAUCUGGGACAAAUGGGAGUUUCUGAGGCGAUACAUCUGUUGUAUAUUAUAGGAGAAGGCAGGCACUGUCCAAAAGACUUGAUGCAUCCAUUAGAGCAACUUCUGAUGCGUGUUUUACCUCAGCUGUACCCCGAGGAGAUCGGAACUGCGUGUCUGGGCCUCUUCAAGUCCCAAACCUCAAUCAGUGAGGAUGCAGUGACACGUAUUGUUGAUGGUGCACUCUCUUAUGUGACUGAGAUGAGCGACUUUGCAGUGGUGAAUGUGAUGAAAUACCUGCGUUUUAGUUACCUCUCUCACAGAGAUUGGCUGGACGCGAUGGCACAGGAAGUUCCUCGCCGGGCCAACAGGAUGAACGUCUYCGGGCUAAUGCACAUCACUUUGACUUGUUCUGCUCUUCGUUAUCGCAAUGACGGCAUCCUAAAUGCUAUCGCUGAGACAGUUCCCUCUCUUGUGCCACAAUGCAGAAGUAAAGACUCGUGCAAACUCUUAUGGGCCUUUGGCAAGUUUCAGUUUCUCCCCAGUCGGAGUCCAGCUUUUUAUCCAAGCCUCACAGAAAACAUGAGGCAAARGAAAGCUGAAUUCCAGCGAUACCCAGAGCACCUGCUUACUGGUCUUCUAGGCUUGGCUUUCAUCUCUCAGUUCCCAGAAGAUCUUGUUGCAUUUGCUUUAACCCCUGAGUUUGUCAACUUCGUACUGAAAAAACACCAUCUAGAUCUAAGAAGAGACUUGUUUACAUUAGACGGUGCUGUUUCUAUGGAAGUACCUCAGUGGACUGGCCCUCGGUUGAGUUCUGAGUUAAGAGAAGAAGUGGCAGAAAUGCUGUGGAAGUUUGCAGAGUCGGAAAUAUGCCAGAAAUUAGAAGUUCUGGAAGCAGAAUCGUCUCUUCAAGACCUCCUUGGAGGAGAGAAGUUUGUGCGUAAGAGAAUGAUCCUGCCCCACACUCGCACCAUCGACCUGGAAGUGCAUCUGGACUCCGCUGGACAGCCUAUUCCUGUGAACCCGCCAUCUCCAGAGCAGAACUCACCAAUAAUUCCCUCUAAUCAGGGCUGGGUAAAAUUAAACACCAAAGUGACCAUUAGUGAUGAACUUUUCACACAACUAAUAAACGGCAUAAAACCUUCAAAUUCUUCAGCUUCAUCUACCGGCCUUAAGCCUGGAUCCCCCCUCAGGUUACCAUCAAAUGAUUGUGAUAGAUUGUUUGACUCAGUUCUAGACUUUAAAAGGGACAUCCCAAAAACCAGUUCUAGAACUACAGAGUCUCAUUUGCAGAACUCCAAAAACCCUAUAAAAGUGGCUGUGCAGGUCUCGAGCAGGAAUCACCAUUGUUCCACACGGCAGCU